GUUCAAUGUGCCCCAUUCUCCAUGACACCCUGGUCUAGUGCCAGACUCAAUGUUCCCUACUGCCAGUCAGCAUCGGUUUCGCCUAGAUGGCAUGCCGAUCCUAUCGAAGCGCGAGAAAUUGAUCCGGAGAAUCGAGACUGGAGGGCAGAGGAAAUCGCACUUCAAGUCCCGCAAUGGAUGCAACUUCUGUAAGGAGAAACGAGUGAAAUGUGAUGAGGCCAGACCGAGCUGCCGGAAAUGCAUCGCACGCGGGGUGGCGUGCCUGUACUCGAACGUAGCCAGCUCACCUCACAACAGCAUCCCAAGCAGUGCCCUAACGCUAGCGGGGGUCAACCAAGUCGCCAGGACUCACCCUCACCUCCCCGUGGAGUAUCUUCUUCACCAUUUCUGGACUCAGACGAGCGGACGCUUGACCGGAGAACAGCGACAACGUAUCUACCGCGUCCACAUGCUUCCCUUGUCGCUUUCCCAGCCGUCACUCCUCCAUGCAAUUCUGGCUGUUUCCGCACGAGACCUCCUUUGUCUCCAACCGGACAGGCACCAGUUGUUGCCUAUCUUUUAUCAUCAUUAUCAACAAUUUGCCGCCCUGUACAACCAGGACCUGACGCAGCCGCCCUCGGUCACCGCCGCUAAUCUGAUGCACUCGAACGCAUUCCUGAUGAAUGUCCUGGUCGUCGCAGAUCCGUCUUCAAAAGCGUCGACCUCCUGGGUCACGCGAACUGAGCGAGAGGACAUCGACCAAGCCUUCUCCUGGAUCAAGGUGCAGGCAAUCCACCAAUCCAUCCUCCAUCCAUACAACACAUAUCUCCCACAUACCUUCUGGUACCCCGAAUUCACCAAGAACCACGACAUUAUGCAAACACCUCAGGCGUCCGGACUUCAACCGGGACCCCAACUCACCGCCCAGCUGGUGGAAAUAUGCGACAUCCAACCCAGCGACACCACCAACACCAACGUGUAUCUCUCCGCCUACAGAGUCCUGUGUACUAUCUGUGAAACACCCGCCAUGAACAAACAUCUUGCCCCCCAGCUGUUUGGGGUCUACAUCCGGUUCAUCGUCGAGAUGAAACCGCCCUUCGUGCAACUCCUCCAUCGGAGAGAUGAAGUGGCUCUACUGCUCUUCGCUAUUUGGUUGAGUGAGAUGCAGGAAUUGGAUCUCUGGUGGAUGCGCGACCGGGCACGGAAUGAAUGCCGCUCGAUUUGCGGGAUGCUGCUGCGCAGUGAGGAUUGGCGCAUUCGUGGGGUGGCGGAGUAUCUCGCGGGACUGAUUAGGCCUGGAGGCUUGGUUAGGUCAAAUGGGUUAUAA